AUGGCAACUGAGCAGGCAGCCAUGUCCAUGAACGGCACCUAUGCCGCUCAUCAGGGUCAGGCGUACGACCAGAACUACGCCGCGCACAAUGCCAACGCCGCCGCCUACAGCGCUGCUCAACACUCCACCUCCACUCCCCAGUCGACCAGCUCUAACAGCGCUGCCGAUAUCCCCAAGGAUGAGGUUGGAUGGUACUUCGUCGAGCAGUACUACACCACUCUUAGCCGGACGCCCGAGAAGCUCUUUCUCUUCUACAACAAGCGCUCGCAAUUCGUUUCGGGUGUCGAAGAGGAGAAGGUCGAUGUUAGCGUUGGACAGAAGGCCAUCAACGACCGCAUAAAGGAGCUGGAUUUCAAGGACUGCAAGGUCCGCGUCACCAACGUCGACUCUCAGGGAUCCGAUUCCAACAUUGUCAUCCAAGUCAUCGGCGAGAUCUCUAACAAGAACCAGCCGCACCGCAAGUUCACCCAGACCUUCGUCCUUGCUGCUCAGACCAAUGGCUACUUCGUCCUGAACGACAUCUUCAGGUACGUCAAGGAGGAGGAGGAAGAGCUUGCCGAGGAGGAGGUUGCCCAGGAUACCACUGCUGCCCCCGCUGGCUACCAGGAGCCUGCCCCGAGUGCUCAGGAGCCUGCCGCCGAGGUUCCAGCCCAUGAGACUGUUGCCAAUGAGGAGGAGGUCGCUCAGGUUGACAACAAGCUCGAGGAGAUCCAGAAGGAGGAGACCCAGCGCCCUGUCUCCCCGCCCCCUGCUCAGGAAAAUGGCACCCCCGUUCCGGAGGCUGCUGAGGUUGUCGAGGCCGAGGAAGCUCCCGUCGCUGCCGUCAGUGCCACGGAAAUCCCCACCACCGAGCAGGCUGCUACUGAGGUCGCCGAGGAGGCCGCUCAGCCGGAGAAGCCUGAGGAGCCCGCUCCCACUCCUGCUCCUGAGCCCGCGAAGGCCGCUCCCGCUCCUACGCCGGCCGCCCCUACCAAGCCGAUGAGCUGGGCUAUGAAGGCUGCCUCUGCCAACAAGUCCGUCGCACCAGCUGUCCCUGCUGUUCCGGCGGUUCCUGCUCAGGCUGCUGCUCCUAAGGCUGCCCCUGCUCAGAGCAAGCCUGCUCCCGCGCCCGCUGCUGCCACGGCUGCUGCUGCCGCCGCUCCCGCUGCCGCUGAGUCGCCCGCGGACAGCCAGCAGGAUGGCUGGCAGACUGCUGAGCACACGAAGCGCCAGUCUCGUGCCCAGAACCAGCCCUCCGAGCCCACCUCUGUUCGUGCCUACAUCAAGAACGUGUAUGAGAACAUCGACGCGGAUGCGCUGAAGGCGUCCCUCUCCAAAUUCGACAAGAUUACCUACUUCGACAUCAGCAGGCCGAAGAACGCUGCUUUCGUUGAAUUCGCUACUCAGGACGGCUUCAACGCUGCCGUCGCUGCCAACCCCCACACGGUCAACGGCCAGACGAUUUACGUCGAGGAGCGCCGCCAGCCCGGCGGCCAGUUCCAGCGCUACCCUUCGCGCGGCGGCUCCAUCAGCCGCGGCCGCGGUGGCGCUGACCGCCCUGGCCAGGGCCGUGGUGGCUUCAACAAGGAUGGCGGCCGUGGCGGCUUUGCUCCCCGCGGCAGGGGCGGUGCCUCGACCCCCCGCCGCGGCGGCAACGCGGCUGCUUAA